AAAUUGAGAAAUAUUACUUUGAUCUUUCUGUAUAAGCUUAUAAGUUAUACUACUUAGUGAUCUAUGAAGUCUCCAACUCUGGUUUUCCUUUUCUUUGCUCUUGCUCUAGUGACAGUGGAAUGCAACUCAGAAGUGGAUGCUCUGUCUGCUUGGAAAGCCCAAUUGGUAGACCCAUUCAAUGUCCUACAGAGUUGGAACUCAACAUUUGUCAAUCCUUGCACCUGGUUUCACGUCACCUGUAACUCUGAAAAUAGUGUUACUAGAGUGGACCUUGGCAAUGUUGGACUUUCUAGAGGUCUUAUACCUCUUCUGGGAAAUUUGACCAAUCUUCAAUACUUGGAAUUAUAUGCUAACAACCUCACUGGAUAAAUUCCAUCAGAGAUUGGCAUGCUAAGCGGAUUGAUUAGCCUGGACCUCUAUAACAAUCAACUUUCUGGGUCCAUCCCGGCCCUAGGCAACUUGAAAUCCUUGAGAUUUAUGAGAUUGAACAGUAAUGUGCUAAGUGGACAAAUACCAGACGGGGUCAUUCUACUCAUUCAGUUUGGCAACUUGGCUAUUAU